AAACCGUUGACCUGUAAAACAGUAAAAACAAUACCAUUACUCCAUCAACCGUCUGCAACUCCACUACACCACCCGUCUGCGCCGCCACACCAGCCUCCGACCCACCGUCAACCUGCACAGCAUCAAACCAAUAUAUUCAAGUCUUGCAGCUUCUGCAGCGAUUAAUAUAGGUUUAGCAAUGGCGGUUCUCUGCAUUUUCUCCAUUCUUAAGAAGCAACCUUCAAAUGCCUUCAUUUACUACGCUCGUCGUCUCUCUCAACAACAUGAUAUUCUUCACAAUUUUGAUCGAUUCUCUUUUCGCCGCCUCUUGCCAUCCCUUUCUUGGAUUGCUCGCGCUCUUCGUGUUCCCGAGGACGAUAUUCUUCGCAAUUUUGGUCUUGAUGCUCUUAUCAUCAUCCGCCUCUUCAAAUUUGGUAUCAGAUUCUUUGUUGUUUGCUCAUUCAUUGGGUUGCUUAUACUACUUCCGAUCAAUUACUUUUCCGAGUCCUCGCAUCCCAGCCAUUUACAUUACAUGAAUUCGUUUACCAUAUCAAAUAUCAAUGCAGGGUCUAAUAGGCUGUGGGUGCACUUUUCUUGCUUAUGGUUCAUAUCCUUGUAUGGAUUGUACAUGUUGUAUAAGGAAUAUAGAACUAUUUUGUCCAAAAGAACUCUGUGGCUUCACAAAUUAAAGGAUCGAGCCGAUCGCUUUACUGUUUUAGUUCGAGAAAUUCCCCUUUGUGCUGAACAUAAAAGCUAUGGAUGCAGUGUAUAUCACUUCUUCACAAGACAUUAUCAAUAUUCUUUCCAAUCGCAUCAAAUCUUGUAUGAUGGAAGGGAUCUUGAUUUGUUGCGGGAACAGGCAAUGUUGAUACAAAAAAAGCUACAACAAAUGAAAGAGAAGUCCAUGAAAAAGAAAUCUAAUAAGAAAGAUUCGCUUUUUGAAUCAUUGAGAGGAGAGGCGUCAAAAAUAGCAUUGCUGGAAGAGAAGCUUCACAAAAUAUGUGGUGUCAUAUGUGGUUUGCAGAAUGAAACUUUGCUUCAGCAAAUGGAGUUGCCUGCUGCUUUUGUGACAUUUAAGACUCGGAUUGGAGCUGCGCUUGCUGCCCAGUCCCAACAUCAUCCACAUCCUUUUUUAUGGAUCACAGAACAAGCUCCAGAACCUAGAGAUUUAUUAUGGAAGAACUUGUCAACCCCUUCUCGUAGAAUGUUGCUGUACAAAAUUGGGUUCUAUCUUGCUGCAACACUUCUCACAAUUUUCUUUGCUGUCCCAGUAGCAGCUGUUCAAGGUAUAGCAAAAUUUGAAAAGCUGAAGAAUUGGUUUCCUCCGGCCAUGGCCUUACAGUUAAUACCAGGACUAGGAUCAGUCGUCACAGGAUUACUACCUGGUCUUAUCCUUAAUGGAUUUAUUUAUAUUGUUCCUUAUUCAAUUCUUGGGAUGGCCCAGUUAGCAGGCUAUUCCUCAACAAGUCAGACCGAAAUUAAGGUCUGUAAUAUGGUAUUCUACUUUCUAGUUGGGAAUGUCUUCUUCUUGAGUUUGUUAUCAGGAUCUCUGUUAGAUGAACUUGGAGAGUCUUUCAGUCAUCCGGGUAAUUUUCCUAAUCGCCUGGCACAUGCUGUUGCAGCUCAGGCUGAUUUUUUCACAACAUACAUCCUGUCAGAUGGACUAUCUGGUUUCUCGCUAGAAAUAUUGCAGGCUGGCUUACUGACAUGGGAUGCCAUAAAAAGACAUACUUUUUGUCGGGGAAAGAAAAAUUCUCCUUAUCUGUAUUCGCUACCUUAUUUCAGAGUUAUCCCAUUUGUUUGUCUGUGCUUACUGAUCGGCAUGGUUUAUGCACUUGUUGCUCCCUUGCUGCUUCCUUUUCUUGUUGGCUAUCUAUACACAGGAUAUGCCGUCUACAUGAACCAGAUGGAGGAUGUAUAUCCAACUGUUUAUGAGACUUGCGGACAAUAUUGGCCAUACAUCCAUUCGUACAUAUUUGUUGCUCUCGUUCUCACGCAAAUUACUAUGAUUGGUCUUUUUGGAUUGAAGUCAAAGCCUGGGGCGGUAGUUGCUACUUUACCACUUCUCGUUUUCACGUUGCUGUUCAAUGAAUACUGCAAACUCCGUUUUCUUCCUUCUUUCUGCCAAAAUACCAUCCAGGAUGUCAAAGAAGAUGAUGAGACGGACGAGAAAGAAGGCACUCUAGAAAUCAACUCUCGGAAUGCUGCAGAUGCAUAUUACCCACCUUUCUUGAAACCGAUUAGCUUUCCUGAAGAAGGAUCGAGCUCUAGAAAUCAUCAGCAACCAGUCUAGUUUUUAAUUGAUGCCAGAAUUCAGAAUAGCGACUUAAGCCAGAAUGCCUAUUUUGUACCGUCUUCAUGGCGUUAUAGAUAAUACUUAUGACAAGCAGUUUUCAGGGAACUCUGUAGGAUAUAUGUGAUAGUUGACGCAAAUCUUGGUUUCCCUUCUUGUAAUGACAAAGGGUGUUUGGCUAAAUAGUUUGUCGUAAAAUUUUAUCUUGUUUAGGUACAAAUAGUUGAUUGUCUGGUUAAAUCAUAAUAUGUUCAAAAUCAACUUAGAUUAAUACCUAAAUUGCU